AUGCACUUGAGCUUCUCGUACAUGACACGCCUUGUGUAUUCGGGGCCGCUGUUCCGGUUCCACGUCAACCCGAUUCACAAGGCAAACGUAGCCAGGGCCGAGACGUACAACAGCGAGGGCCCCUUCCGGCCACAACCAUUCAAUGAUACGAAUGCUAAAUACGUCCAGGACGGCGCCGGCGCACACAUCCUCAGGGAGUUGUUCGAGUUGAUGCACGGUAAAGACAGCGCCGCGGACCCGUUCGAGGCGAGCGUAUCCAACGGCCGACAUCGAAAAUGA